AUGCUGUGGACUAGUUACCGAGCCGAGGUCUCUUCCAGUAACCCACGCUUCCCGGGAGCUGCCUCACGCGAUACAGUUAAUAUUGGAGAUGUAUCCUACAAGUUGAAAACUCCUAAGAGCCCAGAACUUGUGCCACAGAACUACAUUUCAGACUCUGUGGCUCAAUCUGUAAUUCAGCAUCUAAGAUGGAUAAUGCAGAAGGAUCUUCUGGGGCAAGAUGUCUUUCUAAUAGGACCUCCUGGGCCUCUUCGACGCUCUAUUGCUAUGCAGUACCUGGAGCUGACCAAAAGGGAAGUUGAAUACAUUGCCCUGUCAAGGGACACCACUGAAACCGAUCUCAAACAGCGUCGAGAGAUCCGAGGAGGCACAGCUUUUUACGUUGAUCAGUGUGCGGUCCGUGCAGCCACAGAAGGCAGAACCCUCAUUUUGGAAGGCUUGGAAAAGGUGGAGAGGAAUGUUCUGCCCGUUUUGAACAACUUGCUGGAAAACAGGGAAAUGCAGCUUGAGGAUGGACGCUUCCUAAUGUCUUCAGAGCGUUAUGACAAACUUCUCCAAGCUCAUACCAGAGCAGAGUUGGAUGCUUGGAAGAUUGUUAGGGUUAGUGAAAACUUCCGAGUCAUUGCGUUGGGCUUGCCAGUGCCUAAGUACUCUGGGAAUCCAUUAGACCCCCCUCUCCGUUCUCGAUUUCAGGCCAGAGAUAUUUAUUAUCUACCCUUUAAGGACCAACUUAAACUGUUAUAUGCAGUUGGAGCCAGUGUUCCUGCUGAGAAAAUUUCUCAGCUCCUGUCCUUUGCCACCACUCUCUGUUCCCAAGAAUCUUCUACUCUUGGACUUCCAGAUUUUCCUUUAGAUAGUUUACCAGCUGCAGUUCAAAUCCUGGAUUCCUUUCCUAUGAUGUCAAUCAAACAUGCAAUCCAGUGGCUUUACCCAUACACUAUUUUACUAGGACACGAAGGGAAGAUGGCUGUGGAAGGUGUUUUAAAACGCUUUGAACUCCAAGAUUCAGAAAGCUCUGUGCUUCCUAAAGAGGUGGUGAGAGUGGAGAGGCUUGUGGAGAGCACUCCCCCACAAGCUAACGUGACUAUCCGGAUAGCAGAAAAAGAGGUGACCAUUCAGGUGCCAUCUGGGACCAGGCCAAUAAAUCAACCUUGUGCAUCAGACCAUUUUAUACAAACUUUAAGCCAUAAACAACUACUGGCUGAGAUGAUGCAGUCUCACAUGGUUAAGGACAUAUGUUUAAUUGGAGGAAAAGGUUGUGGAAAAACAGUCAUUGUUAAGAACUUUGCAGAUAACUUAGGAUACAACAUAGAACCCAUCAUGCUCUAUCAGGAUAUGACUGCACGUGACCUGCUACAACAGAGAUACACUCUUCCCAACGGAGACACUGCGUGGCGGUCCUCACCCCUUGUGAACGCUGCUCUGGAAGGAAAGCUUGUCCUCUUGGAUGGCAUCCACCGCGUCAAUGUGGGCACACUUGCUGUAUUGCAAAGGUUGAUCCACGACCGGGAGCUAAGCCUCUACGACGGCUCUAGGCUGCUGAAAGAAGACAGGUAUACGCGCUUAAAGGAAGAGUUGCAACUGUCUGAUGAGCAGCUACAGCAGAGAUCCAUUUUUCCUGUCCACCCCUCCUUCAGAAUCAUCGCCUUGGCAGAGCCCCCUGUUAUCGGAAGCACAACACAGCAGUGGCUGGGACCAGAAUUCUUAACCAUGUUCUUUUUCCAUUAUAUGAAACCACUUGUCAAAAGUGAAGAAAUUCAAGUGAUUAAGGAAAUGGUCCCAAAUAUACCUCAGGAAGCUUUGGACAGAUUGUUAUCAUUUACACACCAACUCAGAGAGACACAGGAUCCCACGGCACAGUCACUGGCCGCAUCACUUUCUACCAGACAGCUGUUGCGUAUUUCUCGUCGGCUGUCACAGUACCCUAAUGAAAAUCUUCACAGUGCAGUUAUGAAAGCCUGCCUUUCCAGGUUCUUACCAAACCUUGCAAGGUCAGCAUUAGAAAAAAACCUGGCAGAUGCUGCAAUAGAAGUAAGUACUGAUAAUCAUCAGGAACCAGAACUGGAGGAUUACAAAUGUGAAACAGCAUCUGGAUCCCUGAGGAUUGGGGCUGUUAGUGCACUGAUCUAUAAUGCCCAUGAGAAAAUGAAAGUGCCUGAUGUUCUGUUCUAUGACAACAUUCAGCACAUGAUAGUGAUGGAAGACAUGCUGAAGGACUUUCUUCUCGGAGAACACCUAUUAUUGGUUGGUAACCAGGGUGUGGGAAAAAACAAGGUUGUUGACAGAUUCCUUCACCUGCUCAACAGACCCCGAGAAUACAUCCAGCUACACAGGGACACCACAGUACAAACCCUUACUCUUCAGCCUUCUGUUCAAGAUGGACUAAUUGUGUAUGAAGACUCACCUUUGGUUAAAGCAGUAAAGUUGGGUCAUGUUCUGGUGGUAGAUGAGGCAGACAAAGCCCCAACAAAUGUCACCUGUAUUUUAAAAACUCUAGUAGAAAAUGGAGAAAUGAUUCUAGCAGAUGGAAGACGCAUUGUUGCAACUUGCAUGCUGAAUGUGAAUCUCUUUUCUCCUAUAGGUGAUAUUUUUAGCUGCCAUGCAGUUGAUAAUCCCAAACCCCAUUCAGAGCUCGAAAUGCUCAGGCAAUAUGGACCAAAUGUGCCUGAACCCAUCCUUCAGAAGCUUGUGGCUGUCUUUGGAGAGCUGAGGAGUUUAGCUGACCAGGGGAUUAUUAACUAUCCUUAUUCUACCAGAGAAGUUGUCAACAUAGUGAAACAUUUACAGAAAUUUCCCACUGAAGGUCUCUCCAGUGUGGUUAGGAAUGUGUUUGACUUCGAUUCCUACAACAACGACAUGAGGGAGAUUUUGAUUAACACUUUGCACAAGUAUGGGAUACCUAUCGGAACAAAACCAACCAGUGUACAGCUGGCGAAGGAGUUGCCUCUGCCAGAGCCGACGUUCGUGGGCUACUGGACGAUUGGUCAGUCAAGAAAUGGAAUACAAAAACUGUUGUGUCCAGCAGAAACUCAUCAUAUAGACGUAAAGGGUCCAGCCCUUAUAAACGUACAGGAGUAUCCAAUAGAAAGAUAUGAAGAAAGAUCCCAAACCUUUACUGAAGAAUGUGCCUCCUGGAAGUUACCAUUGGAUGAAAUUAACUUAAUCUGUGACAUUGCUACAUCACACGAAAAUGAGGAAAAUACCCUCUAUGUAGUUGCAUGCAAUCCCAUCACCUUAUACUUUAUGAACAUGACUGGGAAAAGUGGCUACUUGGCGGACUUUUCUGACAUCUUCCCAAGAAUGGCCAGUAGAGUUUGGCACCCAUUUGUGACAGUGGCACCACUGGGAAAUCCCCUCAAGGGUCAAGUGAUUCUCCAUGAGCAGCAGAGUAAUGUCAUCCUAUUGUUAGAUACCACUGGCCAAGCCCUUCAACGUCUCAUCCUCCCUUCAGAAGAGGGUCCAUCUAAGAAACCUUCCUGGUGGAACAAGGAGGAAACAGAAACUUAUAAAAUGUGUAAAGAAUUUUCGCACAAAAACUGGCUAGUAUUCUACAAAGAAAAUGGGAACAGCCUGACUGUGCUGGAUGUUCUAGAAGGGCGAACUCACACCAUCUCACUUCCCAUCAACCUCAAGACAGUUUUUCUUGUAGCAGAGGACAAGUGGCUUCUGGUGGAGGACAAAACAAACCAGAGAUAUCUUUUAAGUAAGCCUGCACACAUUGCAUCUGAGGAUAGUGGGGUUUGCCAGUUGUACAUGUUGAAAGAGGAGCCCCCUAGCACAGGAUUUGGAGUUACACAAGAAGCAGAUCUCAGCAUACCUCAUACAAUUUCAAGUGAUCAACUAUCAUCUGAAAAUCUAAGUUCAGCUGUCGGACAAAAGAUUGCCUCUCCUAACCGAAUUCUCUCAGAUGAGAAUAGUUAUGCUACAGUUGUUAUUGGCUUCCCAGAUCUCGUGUCACCCAGUGAAGUCUAUUCUUGGAGAAGGCCAUCAUCCUUGCAUAAACCAAGUGUCACUGACAGAACAUUCUAUGGAGGAAAGAAGAAAAGUGAAACUCCAAAACAGAGCAAUUGCGUGACUCUUUUAGAUACUAAUCAGAUAGUCAGGAUUCUGCCCCCGGGAGAAGUCCCUCUAAAAGAUGUCUACCCAAAAGAUGUGACCCCUCCGCAAACAGCUGGUUAUAUAGAAAUCACUGAUCUUCAAUCAAAGAAACUCCGAUAUAUCCCUAUUCCCAGAUCAGAAUCUCUCUCGCCAUAUACCACAUGGCUAUCUACUAUUUCAGACACAGAUGCUCUGCUAGCUGAGUGGGGCAAAGGUGGUGUUGUUACUGUUGAUAUGGGAGGUCGCAUCAGACUCUGGGAAACUGGACUUGAACAUCUGCAGCGAUCACUCACGGAAUGGAGAAACAUGAUUGGACAAGAAGGUGACCGACAUAUGCAGAUUACAGUCAACAGAGACAGCGGUGAAGACGUGAGCUCCCCCAAACACGGGAAGGAGGACCCAAAGAACAUGCCCCAUGUGGGCGGCAAUACGUGGGCUGGCGGAACAGGAGGAAGAGACACCGCAGGUCUGGGCGGCAAAGGAGGUCCAUACCGGCUGGACGCAGGCCAUACUGUGUACCAGGUGUCGGAGGCUGAGAAGGACGCGGUUCCCGAGGAGGUGAAGAGAGCUGCCAGAGAGAUGGGCCAGAAGGCCUUUCAGCAACGGUUAAAGGAGAUCCAAAUGAGUGAGUAUGAUGCCGCAACGUAUGAAAGGUUCUCAGGUGCUGUUCGACGGCAGGUGCACUCACUCCGAGUCAUCCUGGAUAAUUUACAGUAUGACAUCGUUGGACACUCUGGAGAUGGCUACAGCAUUGGUCUAGUUCCACUUAACAAAAUCCCCAAGGACAAUAAGCAAAGACUAGAAAUUCUAAAGACAAUGCAUGCCCAUGCUCAGUUCUGCAUGAGUGGGGACCACACGUUAGAGGGAACGGAACACGCCAUCAAGGAGAUUGUCAAAGAAGAAGCUGACGAGUACUUUGUCAUCGUCUUAAGUGAUGCAAACCUGUCACGAUAUGGAAUACAUCCUGCCAAGUUUGCCCAAAUCCUGACAAGUAACCCUCAAGUGAAUGCUUUUGCCAUUUUCAUUGGAUCUUUAGGUGAUCAAGCAACCAGGCUUCAGAGAACUUUACCAGCUGGCCGGUCCUUCGUUGCCAUGGAUACCAAGGACAUCCCCCAGAUUUUACAACAGAUCUUCACCUCCACCAUGCUGUCCACUGUAUAGGACGGGCCCUUCUUCACCCUGCUGACCCUGGGACGUGAAAUAAGAUAGGAAUAAAGAGUCCCCCAAAGAAAAGACGACAUCUAUAAAGUGAACCUGCGCAGUGACUGAAGGAUUCUGGCGUUCCUGGCGCUUCCUGGGCUCACUCAGGGAUCAGAAUUCAGGAAAGCAGCCGGAGGGAGCUUGCACGUGGAAAUCUACCACCAGUGAUGGGUUCGCAGGGAAGCGAGCUGACCUGCGUUUUAUGAAAGGUCAGGGGUCAAGGAAGGCGGUUUGAGAACUGUGGUGCUUGGUUUGUAUCCAGAAACCUGAGGGAAAGAGAAUUCCUUGCUUUUGCCUUAACGCAACGUCUGGUCACCUGAGGUAACAGAAGUGAUUCUGAUGCCAUGUUCUGUCAUUGAGAUACAAGCCCGUGUAAACUCACCCAACCUGCUCCUGCCCAAUAAUUAUUUUUAUUUUCUCCUCCACCCUUGAUCGCCCGGCAAACAAUGAUUUUUAUAGUAUUUAACCCACUACAAAGCCUCCUAACAGCAGUAUUUUAUAAAAGGUUAGAUUUUUUUUCAAUAAUUCCAUUUUCUUGGCCAAAGCCAAAAGGAAUCAGAAGAUCCCUGCAUCGCUUCCUUUCCCAUUUGACUUUUUAAAAGACUCUUUAAAUAAUGAGGAGCAAACGUCCUAUUUCCAUGCUGCCAACGUGGAAGGAUAAAGGCUGUCUUGCCUUGAACUUCCUGUGUCGUCUUGUUCCUCCAGUACUUCUCACAAGUUUCACAUAUUUCGGUGUCCGAAGUGUAAUGCUUGAAAUAACAAACACUUAUGGUUUUACUUAAAGCAAAGUAAAAACAAGGCAGUAUGUUUGAAUUGAAUGGGAACUGGAGAUUUCUUGAGCUGUUAAAAAAAAAAAAAACAACUCUUUUUUCAAGAUUCAUUCUUUUUUCUUUCAAAGUGCACCUUAUUCCCACCUACCCUUAGGCUGACCUUUAUUUAUCAACAGGUCUGAUGUCACUUUGUUUAAAAUCAAAUGCCACAGCCAGAGUCAGGCUCUGUUCAACCACGUAAGAAGCUCCUCUCCACCAGUGAUGCAAAGUCAAAAUUGCGGGGAGCACCAGUGGAUGUGUACUUUCUUGUCACGAGUUGGAGGAAUUAGUCUUGUUAAUAAUAUUACCUUACUUGCCCAUAUAGCCUGAAAUUGUACUGAUUCAUUUCAUUUUAAUCCAUUAUAGGAAAGAAAACACCCAUUUGUUCCUCCACCCCAACUCCCUAUCAACUGUCAAAGAAAUAAAGCAAUCCGAUUCCCAGUGCUGUCCUGUCCAGUGAGUUCACACGGCUCGUCUCGUUUUUCCAGCCAGACGCUUGCUCUGCACUCUGCGUAUUGAAUCAGCCAGUGAUGCAGUUUCAAUCCAAUAAGUACCUUCAAAACUGUAACCGAAUUAGCAAUAGUAAUAAUAAUAACAGCAACAACCACUAGCAUUUACUGAGUACUUACAACAUCCCAGGUAUGCGACGUGACUUCAGGCAUCGUUCCAUUCCACCCUCACAACGAUGCAUGUAAAACAGGUAUCUCUUGCCUCAUUUUACAGAUAAGUCACUUUCUGAAAACUGGAAAAUUGACCAUUGUCCUUUUAACAUCCUCCUUGACAAAUAAGGAAAUUGAGGCGUAGGAAAGUUCAAGAAAACAGGCCACACUCACAGUCAGGUGGGGGCCGAGCGGGGCUACGCUGGCCCCCUUCAUGGAUUAUUCUUACGGAAGGCGAGCUCUUGCCGUCUUGGCUCCUUUGUCUUCUUGCAGCCUGACCACGGUUCGGGGAGCCUUCUUCCUCUCCCUGGGACCUCUCCCUGCACACACCCGGGCACUCAGAGGAGCGUGUGGGGACCCAGGACAGGAGCCACUGCGGGAGGGACACCUCUCACGGGCUUUCCUGGGCUCAGCGACAGCUUAACCCCUGGGGGUGCCCCCUCUGCGGGAGGGUCAAAGCCCCCAAAUGCUUCGCCCAGAAUCCAAGAGUCAGUAACAGAAUGGCCUUCUAACAAAUCCUGCCUGUGCCCUGACUACCUGAGUGAGCAGAAGCCAUUUUUUUUUAACAUGGGAAGAAUGUUCUCAUUAAUUCAAUUUCCCUUUCCCCACUGGCCAGACGUCCUUGCAAUUGUUAUUUAAAAAAACACACACACACACACACAAAAACAUGUAACUCCUGACUUAUUUGUAAAAGGGAAAGAUGAUGGGGGAGAGGAGCGGAGAGAGGAGAGCUGAGGUUAUUUUCACUUCUUGGAAUACCUAAGAAGUUUGUGCCUUUAUUAUUAAAUGUACUUAAUUAUAGGCCACUCCAAACUGUUCCCAGGCCCCCCAGGGCCAAGACAUUAUAAUAAAUGCAUUGUUUGCCUCAGGGGGGAGUUCCACUGAAAGGCCUCUAAACCAGCUCUUCCCGUAGUGAGCCCGUGUAGUGCUGAGAAGGUUCAUUGUGACCCAUGAGCACCGGGAGGAAUGAAGCCUAUGAAUGGCCACCGUCUAUGUGUUGUGUAUCCCCCCCGGGAGUCUUUUGUGUGCCCCAGCAAGAUGACCUCAUCACACAUGGGGCCCCUCCAGCGAGCCCAGCCGCGAGGUGUGGAUCUGAGCGGGACUACUUGAGCCUGUCACAUGUUUGGAAUGAAUCAUUUAAUUCUUUCCUGUGAACUGUCAGAGGAGGAGAAAUCCAUCAAUGCCAGCAGGAUUUUCUCUGAACAAACUCGAGGGCUUUGAAAGCCAUUUAGAAGUAGCUCUCCAUGGACGGCAUCAUCAGUGUUCCUGAACGGCCAGCUCCAGAGGCUUCAACCCUCCCUCCACCUGGCUCCUUCCCGUGCCUGUCCGCUCAGCCAGAACUAAAUUCCUCCGCGAAAGGAGCAGAGAGGUGUGGGGCUGGGGCAACAGGAAGGUGGCCGCCUGUGUGUCCUCUUUCCAUUACGGCCCAACAAUCGCAGUUAUGAGAGAGAUUCCACAAGUUCUAAGCCAACAUCUCCAGCCUGGACAACUUUUUUUUCUGGAAUCGCAUCAAAGAAUAGUCACCUGUCCGUUGGUAUUUAGCAAAUUGUACCUUACUUUUUCAGCUUAGGAAAUAAAAUGUCCACUUUCAAAAAAAUUAUUCCAAUGGUAACAUAUCUGGCUUUUUUAAAUACUUUGAUGAAGAGUCUAAUUUGCUCCCACUUUCUGGCCAGGGUAUUAUCAUAAAGUUCUGACCAUUGCCUUUCCUUUACCUUUCUUAGAUUUGCUGCAACGAAAGUACUAUAGGUAAUGGAAAGGAAUUCCAGUGUUCGAUCUUGUGGUGGAAGAAUUUAUAAACUCUAAGUAGAAUUACUCAGUAGAAAGAAAGUUCUAGAUGCUGCUGUGAUGUGUGAACUUGGGCUCGUCACUUCUGGGUCUCAGUUGCUUCAUCUAUUUAAAAUUAAUUUAAAUUUAAAAAGUUGAACCAAAUUAUCUCUAACACUACACUUCCUGUUUCUAGAUCUCAUAAAGCCAAUUGACUCUUUGCCUCACACAUCUUAGGAGAACCACAUCAUCUCAGUGUGUUUUUGCCUCCAGAACCCCACAAACAGUACAGAGGAUUUGGGCACCUAAACCCAUUACCCCGACAAUAUAGUGUUACUGACAGAAUAUGCAAUUCUAAAAGCUACAAAAACAUCAUUAGAUUUGGACAAGCAGGGUUUUCCCCCAUCAGCUGGACAGAUACUUCUGUUGGACAGUCAUUCACAAGAUUUCUGCCCAUUGUCUCUUACUUUGCAUUUUGCUGCCUUAAAAUAAAACUCCCUAUCUGCUGAUCUGCACAGUGGGAUCAAAAAGACCAGGAAUUGGAAAACUACUGGGUGCCCGGAGCUGCCCUUAGUGCCGCAAGCCGAACAAUGCGCAACUGUGUGUGUGGGGGGGGUUCAUUGUUAAAUCCUGUAAACAAAAAUCUCCUCCAGAGGGGAAAAAAUGCUUGCCAAGCAGUCCUCCCCAGUUGAAAAUGAUCUGACACUCUUUUUUGACUCCGAGCGCCGUCUGGGGCUUGCACCUUCCAACAGAGGCGGUGUCUGUGCUCGCGGCUUUGGAAUGCCGAAGUCACAUAAUCUCAAAAUCGAGUGGCGCUUGUGGUAUUUGGCCACUCGGAGCAAAGGAUAACACUCUUCUAAGGUGGUUUGGAUCCAGAGUGUGGCGAGAACGUCCUGUUCAGCUCGAAGAAAUCCCAUCAGGGGACACGUGAGCUCUAAGGAACAUCGGCCCCACGCACGGUCCUCUCCCCCAGGCAGGCGCCAGACUCACCUUGGGGCUCCUCUCUUCUCGGAGGCUUUGUGAAAGUGCUUUCUCUUUCCCUGAAAAAGCAAUCCGUGUUGGCCAAUCAACUCUGACUCCAGAGAUGGUGGGUGUGAGCCCAGAGGAGUUUCAGAGUAUCAGGAUUUCUUAAAAUUCCGUGCAACUCUGAAGCCUUAGAAACAGUAGCGAGAGUUUGACCUGGAAAGGGAAGGGGGAACUGUCAGUCUGAACAUCCCGCAGCAGGUUUGUCUCUUUAUGCUGGCCAGACUGGGGCAAGCAAAUAAUGAGCCUGUCAAGAGUACUCUGGGUAAUUGGUCUCAUGAUGCCAUACAUGAAGCCUUAUUAGUUGAAAUGAAGAAAAAUAAGUAUGUUUACUCAGACAGGACAUUAAGGUUGGGUUUUUAAGUGCAAUAUAUUUAUAUUAAUAAAUACUGAUGCUAAUUUAA